CCGCCGUCUAUCUCCAUCUCGCUGCUCUUCUAUCGUCUCGAUAUACGCCUCCUGGGGCGCCAGGUCAAACGAAAACUGCUCUGUGGGCUUGCUGGCGGCUACUGGCGACUUUUCGGUCCCUGGGACGACUCGGCGGCUACUGGUGACGUCCCUGGUCAUGGUGCGGAGCUCUGGGGAUAGCGAAAGGAGUUCCCGCUCGCUGACUUCGAUUUUCGACUCCAAGAGACGUCCAAACACGGUGUUGGCGAUUUUAUCGUCGAAAAUAGGUGCUGUGGUUCGAUAGGCGCCCUCGGCCUUCUUUGGUGGAGCAGGGAUGCGUGCCCCCACGUUCCGGUCGCGUGGUGGGGCGUACCCCGCGUCUCUGGCUUUCGAAAAUGGGUGUUCCGCUGCGGGAUGCACUGGUGGGUCCUUCUGGCGCGUUGCUGCAGGUCCCGGUGCAUUUUUAUCGAUUCCGGGGGUGUUCGUUGCUGACGGAUUCGGGCGGACGGUCUGUUCUGGCUCCUCGACUGGUUCGGACGAACGCCCCGCACCUAGGGCUGCGCGCGCUUGUGCCCUGCGUGAAGCUCGACGCGAUUUUCGGUCCGGAAUUGGAGCUGAGGAAAUGCGUGGAGAUUUCAGCUGCAUUCUGCGACGCCGGCAUUUGUCCUGGGUUCUGGCGAUGCCAUUCUUCGAUCCGUGCACGCAGACUGGUGCCCAUGACACGUCGGGGAACGUACGAGCCGCUGGGCAGGACCACCUGGCCCUCGACGUUCCGUUUGCACUUUCCAGCCUGUGUAUCUUCGUCAACACGCGGGCAACGGAUGAUGAAAUGCCCUGAUUCGCCGCAAUAGCUGCAGUUCAGGUCUCGUGGCGUAUUCUGGAUUGAGGAUGGCGCUCCCGUGCUCACUGGCCGGUUCUGCUGGGCGGCGACUGCUUGCGCCGUGACUGCUGCUUGUGCGGCAAGUACCUUCAUUAGCCCGUUCAUUGACUCGAUUAACUGGGCUAUAUUUGAGUCAGGUUCUUGUUUGACUGGCACGGUUUUUGGCGACGCCGUGUUCGAGAUGGCUGAUCCGUGCGAGGAGUCUGCGAGGACGAACUCCAUGGCUUCGUUCAUGUCCGUAAGGUCGUAGGGGUCGUCUGGGUGCACGUCGGGCUUCUUGAUUUGUAGUCGCUGGUGGACUCGGCUCCAAAGGCUCGGCGGCGAGAUUGCUCGACGAAAGGCUCGAGAUUGUUCUGCGGUGGAUAGUCGGGCCUUGUCCACAAGGAAUUUGGUAAUGACCAAAAACUUCCGAUAGA